AUGGCGGGGUGGAAGAGAGCAUUGAGAUGCUGCACUAAACACGCUUUGGAUGACGUGAAAUCUGGAGAAAUUGUGAGGGUACAGUACGAUACCGGUCAAAACGAAAUAGUCACAAUAGGUUCUGAAGUGGAAAUAAUAAAGACUUCUUCUAAUAUGGCUUCUGCACUCAAAUCAAAAGCAGGCGAUGUUAAAACGAAAAGUGUAGAGCUUCCGCCAGGACACGCGAAAAAGAAAGCGAAACACAACAAAACGAAAAGUGUGCGUCAUUGA